GUCCCAUUCAAUUGUGAAAUAAUCAGCAGACUGCAAGGUUCUCUAUGGGAUCGGAAAUAUGUUGAAGCUGGAUACCAAAGGAGGAAUCAUCUGCUCGGGCUGCUUGUCCAUAGCCUUUGCCAUAACCUAUUUGGCUUUGAUGGACGAUUACUUCUGGAGACAGGGACUCUACGAACUGGGAAUUCACAUUUCGUCUCUGCAGAUAUUGGGCAGCCUUGUUCUCAUAGUAGGAGCUGUAAAGCAAAGGCACAAGUUUCUUGUGCCGUGGAUGAUAACCACAGGAUUCUUUAUGUACUUGAUGGUUUACCUGCUCAUUAUACUGAUAGUCCAGGGAAGAUCGUGGAUAUUUAUACCGGCGAUGGUGGUUCCGUUCACAGCCUAUCUUGGCUGCGCUUUGUACUCCGUGCAAAAGGCCUUCGACAGGAUGCGCAAGGAGGAGCCACCAGCAUAUACCACCUUGUCCGCCAAGAAGGAUUUCAUUAAUCACAUAUAGAUAUAUAAAGAUUGUUAUCACUUAAAAUAUAAAAACAAACAAGAUUAAAGGAAGAUUAGAUAGCUUGAAUGU